ACCAAGGAAGCCAACUAACAGCCUUGCUAGAGUCUGAGGACUAUCCAGGGCCUGACUGCCAGCUAGCCAGCCAUGGGCCAGGAUUAUUACUCUGUGCUCGGGAUCACUCGCAAUUCAGAGGAUGCCCAGAUCAAGCAGGCGUACCGCAGACUCGCCCUUAAGCACCACCCGUUGAAGUCAAAUGAGCCGUCUUCAGCAGAGACUUUCAGGCAAAUAGCAGAGGCCUACGACGUGCUGAGUGACCCUAUGAAGAGAGGCAUCUACGACAAGUUUGGAGAAGAGGGCCUGAAGGGUGGGAUUCCUUUGGAGUUUGGAUCCCAGACCCCAUGGACAACUGGUUACGUCUUCCACGGCAAACCCGAAAAGGUGUUCCACGAGUUCUUUGGUGGAAACAACCCCUUCAGUGAGUUUUUUGAUGCAGAAGGAAGUGAGGUGGAUUUGAACUUUGGGGGGCUCCAGGGCCGAGGGGUCAAGAAGCAGGACCCCCCAGUCGAACGGGAUCUCUACCUGUCCCUGGAGGACUUAUUCUUUGGCUGCACCAAAAAAAUUAAGAUCUCCAGAAGGGUGCUGAACGAGGAUGGGUACUCCUCCACCAUCAAGGACAAGAUCCUGACCAUUGAUGUGAAGCCCGGUUGGAGGCAGGGCACACGCAUCACCUUUGAGAAAGAAGGGGACCAGGGCCCCAACAUCAUCCCAGCAGACAUCAUUUUCAUCGUAAAGGAGAAGCUACACCCUCGCUUCCGCAGGGAGAAUGACAACCUCUUCUUCGUGAACCCCCUCCCUCUGGGCAAGGCUCUCACCUGCUGCACUGUGGAGGUGAAGACCCUAGAUGACCGUCUGCUCAACAUCCCCAUCAAUGACAUCGUCCACCCCAAAUACUUCAAGAAGGUGCCAGGUGAGGGGAUGCCAUUGCCGGAGGACCCCACUAAGAAAGGAGAUCUCUUCAUCUUUUUCGACAUCCAGUUCCCCACCCGCCUCACACCCCAGAAGAAGCAGUUGCUGCGCCAGGCAUUGCUGACAUGACUGUGGUGGGCUGGAGCAGUGGUGAGAGGAGGCUAGCCAGGCCUCACCCCACCCCUACCUGCCACAGCCUCAGGGUGUGCAGGGGAGCCUGCUGCACAGAUAUGAUACCAGGGUGGGAGGGCGCAGGGCUUAAACUGACAUAAUAAAGAUCUAUUUCCUGUCCUCCAGCUACA